AUGCAUUUAAAGGCAGCAUACCAUGAAUCUGGGGUGGUACGGGUUUCACGUGAAGCAUCGGUAUACGGGGUCGUAGAUUACGGAGACCGGGUCGUAUUUACGUGUACCCACCUACAGACGGCGUCAAUAAUUCGGAAUUUUUGCUUGCGAUCGUUCAUAUAUGAGAUGGUGACUGCUCCAGAUGCAUUUCAUUACGCUUAUUCCGCUUCAGAUUCGAAAAUUAUCUGUGCACUAAGUAGUGUAACGUCCAGAGAUGAGAAAGAAGCUCCGAUUUCCGGAUCUUUUGGAAUGUUCCACGAACUCGUACCAACAUUACAACUGGCGUACUCGAAUCCUGUGAUUCGGCAAUUACUGAUCGAGAUGCAUGUCAUUUUCGAGAAGUGUCGUCAUUCGGCUCAACUUGGAAGGAUGACCACUCUCGAAACCCUUUCAAUUUCACGUGAAUACCGAUCAGCAUUGCUUCAUUGCGCUGAUGAAAUUGGAGGCGAGGAUGAGAAUGUACACAUGCGUGAUUUCACGAUAUGGAGCUUGUUUGAAACAAUGUUUUUCAAGCAAGGAGAUACUCCAAUUUGCCUUGAUCUGAUCUCAUGGGGUCUAGAAUCAUUCACAUUUAUUGAUAAACUCAUACAAAAAACAUUCAAGGAAUUGGAUGAAGGCGUUGCAGUAGGCUGCGGGAGUUAUUGGAGAACGGUGUGUAUGGUGUUAAUAGGAUGUCGCUUUGACACGUGCAUUGACUUCUUAAGUCUGAUAAAAGGUGACAAGGCGGUCGAAAGAUUCAUCACUGUAUUGAGCAGUUUGGACUGGAAUUGGCUAACCGAUGACGGAAAAAUACCUAAAUUGGACAGAUGGAAACAUGAAUUGGGCUCUCUUCUAACUUCUGGUGCAUUCGAUAGUAACCGAAACAUACUUUUCUUGGCGCAGUUGCUGAAUGGUGAUAGGAAGAACUUGGAGCGAGCAGCAUCAGCCGUAAUUGGAGAGUGGUGGCACAUCAUGCCUUUUUAUACUUUCGUAAAAAAUGCUACUGUGGCAUACAACGAACUAGCACCAGUAGCCGAGGAGUGUCGAAAACUAUUCAGUAAUGUCGAAGAAUGUGGGAACGGUGAUUUUGAUCCCUUCUUAUCCAUUUUCUGCAUGAAAGACAUUUCAGUUUUGCAGAAUCUUAUCUCAAAUCCUUGGCUGUCUGUACAUCUUAUUGACAUAUUGUUACACACUGAUUCUGAGUAUGCUUCCAUGUCGACGCUUGUUGAAAUUCGCGACUUCCUUCUGAUGGAUUAUGCGUCAGGCUUGAUUCAGAAUAGUUGUUUGUGGGAAGUCGGGGCCGAUUAUCUGUUGCACUGCGGGUCCGAAGGCCGAUUACGACUCGAGAACCACAUCGAAGCUAUGCAUAUUGAAGAUGAAGCUAUGGCUGAAAAUUUAAUGCGCAUUUGUGUGGAGCAAGAAUUGGACGACUCAAAGGCAUGCAUAGUGAACACUAUGACAUAUAGGUACUUGCGAGAAGGGGAAUGGAGUGCGGCUCUAUCAUGGGCCUUACGCGGUGGUCGAGGACCUGCGUUAGACACGGCUGUUAAUCAAAUAGUGUGGCAUGCAGAGAAAAAUGAGCUCGCUACUUUGAGCCUGCUGGACCAUUUGGCUGAUUACGUGGCAGAGCUAGAAUCUCCGUCUCUUGCCUUCCUCUUCAACUACUACAGAUUCCACCGAUCUCUCAGUGUUGGCGACGUCAGAAUUGCUGCUCCGAUUCUCGUAUCGCUUAUUUCAUCAACAAAUGUUCCGCUCGCGUUCCAUAAGAUACUGUUCGGCUAUCUCUUGCUUAUUCUAGCCGACGCACCGCAGGUCCAAAUCCCUCCGGAGAACCUUCACGAGUUGGUGUCAUUUUUCCGACAAUACUCCAUCGACAAUCACGACAACUUGGAGGACUCAUCAGAGGAUACACUACGAUCGUUAAAGCAUCUCCUACUUAUGCGGUUAGCAGAUGCAGAAAUGGCUUCAAUGCAGUUCCGCAGACUCUUCACAUUUUCCAGAAAUGCUUUGCAAGUCUUCGAAAGUCGCAGGGGACACUCUUAUUGCGUUGACCCUUCUAUUGGCCUUGAUGCUGACGUCGUGGAAGUUCAAAAAGUGGCUAGUGAUUUUGCUAGGAAAGAAAUGUAUCCGAACAUGGCAAAAUGGGACAAAGAGGAAUACUUUCCUGUCGAGGUGAUGAGACAUGCCGGAGAAUUGGGAUUUGGAGCUAUUUACUGCAAAGAGGAUUUCGGCGGAAGUGGUUUGAGCCGGCUGCACGCAUCUGUGAUUUUCGAGCAACUCUCCACUGGAUGUGUUUCGACUGCUGCUUACAUGAGUAUUCACAACAUGGCAACCUGGAUGAUCGAUACAUGGGGUCCGGAAGCGUUGCGUGAAAAGCACGUCCCAUCCUUGGCAACCUUCCAACAUUUCGCCUCGUACUGCUUGACGGAGCCAAAUUCUGGGUCUGACGCAGCGAGCAUACGGACCUGUGCUCGGCGCGAAGGUGAUUAUUACGUGGUAAACGGAUCGAAAGCAUUCAUCAGUGGAGCAGGAUCAUCUGAUGUCUAUGUGGUGAUGCUUCGCCAUGAUGGACAGCCGGGUGCGAAGGGGAUUUUCUGUUUGUUAAUUGAAGACGGCAUGGAAGGAUUCAGUCAAGGGAAAAAGGAAAGCAAACUCGGCUGGAACACUCAACCCACUCGUAUUCUCACAUUCGAAGACGUUAAGGUGCCAGUUACGAAUCAGAUUGGACCAGAUAACUACGGUUUCAAUAUGGCUAUGGAAGGUUUAAAUGGCGGUAGAGUGAACAUCGCUAGCUGCUCGUUAGGAGCCGCUCAGCAAAGUCUUGAUCUAGCAAUUGCUCACUUGAAGGUGCGGAAACAGUUCGGCAAACGACUCGCUGACUUCCAGUGGAAUCAGUUCAAACUUGCUGAGUUGGCUACAAAAUUGCACACCAUUACGAAUCAGAUUGGACCAGAUAACUACGGUUUCAAUAUGGCUAUGGAAGGUUUAAAUGGCGGUAGAGUGAACAUCGCUAGCUGCUCGUUAGGAGCCGCUCAGCAAAGUCUUGAUCUAGCAAUUGCUCACUUGAAGGUGCGGAAACAGUUCGGCAAACGACUCGCUGACUUCCAGUGGAAUCAGUUCAAACUUGCUGAGUUGGCUACAAAAUUGCACACCAGUAGAUUAAUUGUGCGCGAUGCAACACGUCACCUGGAUGCCAACAAUAUCCACAAAGCUUCUUUAUGCGCAAUGGCAAAGUUUCACGCCACUGAGAACUGCUCGCAGGUAGUCAACCAAGCUUUGCAAAUGUUUGGUGGCUACGGAUUCCUCAAGGAUUACCCACUGCAGCAAUAUCUUCGCGACAUACGGGUGCAUGAAAUUCUGGAAGGAACGAAUGAGAUAAUGCGACUAAUUAUCGGACGUGAUCUGCUUUCAAACGAAACGUUCGGAUCUACGUAG